AACGAUCAGCCCCAGGACCCACAUCAAAGGUUUUUGGUGGCGGCGAACAUCAGCAUUAACGCUACUGGAACGACGGUAGUUGCAAGGUAAUACUUGUAUCGGUAGCUUCAGUCGUUAAACCUUGACAAAUUGUGUAAUUGUAAGUACGCCCACGCGAAUUAAACGGGCUGCAUGUUUCUUUUAUUUAAUUAUUAUUAUUAUCUCUUCUGUCACAGUCUUUGCUGGUGCUCUUUUUGUGCAUCAGCCGGGCGCAAACCUAGCCUCCCACGCAGGCGUUUUUAGAGGAGCUCGUUUUUAGGGGAGGGACGAAUACGAGCUCCCCUGAAAACGCCUGCGUAGGAGGCUAGGCGCAAACCAUGCACCUGGAGCAUCAGUCACUCAAGUCAAUCAUUCUGUUUAUACACUAAGCAUCUUCACAGGAUUCGUACAGAUCCCAGCAUGCAGAUCUUUUGAAUCUCUGUCACAGCAGCUCUCUCUGAUACUUUCUUGAUGUUUUCUACCAUCCCCUUCUUUACUGUACCAAGCGCACCAACAACCAUAGGGAUCACUUCGGUUUCAUCUGCCACAUUCUCUGUAUUUCUAGUUCUAGGUCUUUGUACUUGCUUUUCUUUUCGAUUUCAUUCAGUGCGAUGUUUCUAUAUGAUGCAAUAGUCAUAUCACUCCGAGUUUGCAGUUGGAAUUCACUGAAUCUUUAACGAUGAUGUGUGGUCUCUGCUGUUCGCUGUUAUAGUUCUAUCAGUAUUGACUGGCAUGUUCCACAUGCUGGUGAUGUUGUUGUCUUUUUUGUGCAUCACGGUCUCUGGCUUGUGCUUGUACCAUUUGUUUGUAAUCUCGAUAUCAUGAUCUUUACAGAUGAUAAUAAUAAUGUUAUUAAUAAUUAUAAUUUUUUUUUACUUCCCUAGUUUUCUUAAAAGGGGAGAACAGUGCUGAACAGCGUGGCCAAGCGGUUGGAGCGCUUGACUUGCGGUAGGCCUUUCUCAAACAUGCCAUUAUAGCUCCUCUAAAAUUUUACAUGAGCACUACUUUCAAUUCCUCUUGUGACUUACAAUCGCCCUAAGAGAAAUUAAAAAAUGAUACUUAUGCAAAUUUUUGGAGGGGCAAGAAAGAGUACUAUGGUAUUUUUGAGUAAGGCCUAUUGGGAAGCCUUGCAAAUAAGACUUGAACAAAGUUUAAAAUUAAACCACCAAAUUAGCAGCUGAGUCUAAUUUACCUGCAUAGCUAUACUCAGCAAGCAGCUUAUGACCGACUCAUUUUACUCAGUGUGUUUGUGCUCUUCCAGAGACACAACUCUGAUGCCAAACAUACAUGGCCUGAUGUCUAUUGUCGCGCUUAUCUUCGCUCCAUAUGCAGAAAUGAGGUAACGAGAGAAGUUGUCGUAUUUCUACUCUCAGGAUUCUUUACACACCAUAAAUGAUCCUGACCUUUUUACGAGUCAAAAAUGUUACCUUUUUGGAUUGUGACUUACUUUUAAGACAAUACUUACAAUGCUUACGAAAAUUAAAACAACGUCAGUGAUUGUCUCCCUUGUGUCCUCCUGUAUCCACAGGGCCGACCCCGAAUACUGUAAGUAUACAGGAGCGUUGGUAGGCCUGGGAUUUGAUCCGCACACAGGAAAGGCACUGCUGCCAGACCAUGACAGCGAGCUUGUGUUCGAGGUGGAGAUAGAUCAGGACGACCUUAUCAAGGUUAGAAAGAAAUUUACGCCAUUCCUUUCACAUGUUCAACUCUUAGUACCGUCGCAAGCACCAACCCAUUCACUACAAAAUGAAUUCUAAAGAAUAGUCCAGUUUCGAAUUCGCCGCGGCCGCUGAAUAGAAGCUCUGAAGACUCGUUUAUACAGGGUUAGCCUCAACCUAAGGUAAAUUUAUUCACAAAUUCCGGUCAGAAGAAGACCUGCAUACAUCUGUGUUUGUUGUUUUAAACUCAAAUUCAGGCACCCUUUCGCCGGUAUUUGUGAAUAGUUUACUUUAGGUCGAGGCUCGCCCCGCAUAAAUGAGUUUUCAGUGCUUCUCUAUAAUCGUCUUACAGUCUACAUUUUUCGGCAGCUCGUGCCUCGCUAGGAAAGCUUCGCUCUCCAAAUGCGUUGGCCUUUGGCUGACGUUUGUUUCCACCGAGGACUGGAUAAUAUUUUAACCGGGUUUGUAACAGGAUCGCAUGACGGUUUGAUUGGUCAAGUUCAUUUUCGAUUCUACAGUAAACAGAGGCGAAUCGAGCCACCGUCAAACCUGUGUGCAACGGUAACCCUUGGGAAAUGGCAAGGUUACAGUUAUAUACAGGGUGACCGCUAUAUACAGGUCAACUUUGCAGAAAAUAUAAGGCAACUGAAAAUUUUGGGUUGUUGUCCGGUGACCGUAAUAUACAGGGCCGUUAUAUCCAGGUUUGACUGUAUUUAUACCUGAAAAUUUUAACUACAAUCAAGGUCACAAAUAACUCCUCUGCUCCAUGUGCCCAAAGCGAUUCGUCCGAGUGGUGACAUAACAUUACUUGCUCUCAUCUUCUUCACCCAGAAAUUUUUGAUUUACUAAUGUCAAAUCUUUGCCAAAGUGUUAAACGCAUUGAGCUUAAUAUUGUACAGUCUGUGGUAAUUUAACGUGACUGGUUAGCUCAUUUUGAAGAGCGCCGGUCUGCUGUGCGGGAGAUCGCGGGUUCAAUCCCGGCCGGACCAACACUCAGGGCUUAAUAACUGACAAGAAAGUGCUGCCUUUGUAAUUUGACAUCUGCAAACAGGACAUUCUAGUCUUGUCGGAUGAUUACGAAAAACCGUAGGUCCCGUUUCGCGGCACUUUCACUUAUCUGGUUCUUGUGGGACGUACAAGAACCCACACCGCUGUUCUAAAGGAGAAGAUUCAGACCCCGGUGGUGUGGCCAACCUUGCCUGGGCUGGGUGGGUUAUCUGUGAGGAAUGAUCUUACUGUAGGGAUAACGUCAUGAUCCUCCUUCGGGUGUCGUAAUGGCUUCCUGGAAACAGAGUAUAUAUGUAUGUGUAUAUACUUAUGUAUGUAUCUUUUCUAUACGCGUUCUCUUGUGAACAAAGCGAAUAUCAUCACCAAAGAUUUACCCAUUAACCCUUUAAGCCCCAAUAUCCACAUACAAAUUCUCCAAACUGCUCUCUAUAUAUUUCCUUAAAGAAUGUGUUGAGAAUUUGAUAAAAGAUCAAAGUAUUUUCUCUUAGAUAUCAUUUUAUUAUCUCUUGACAAUUUGUGGAUAUUGUUAGGAGAAAAUUGAUGUUGGUCACCAUUGGGACUUCAAGGGUUAAAGUUAGCCGUGAUGUGGGCGGUUGGUUCUGUCUCUUGAUUUCUGUAUUAUGGAAGGUUCGACUUAUUACCUUUCUUUGGUUGGUAUUCAGAUCAACUCGCUGCGUACCACGAUUAACCUAAUGUUUGAGAGCGAGGCGGAGAUGGCAGAAUGGGGAACAUCGCAAGUAGAAAAACUACAGAAGCGAAGUAGAAACAUGAUAACAACGUAUGUAACUGUAUGUUAUUUAAUUAUCUUCACCUUGAUAACAAAAAGAAAAGUUCGAGCUUCCAGGGUGACGCUCAUAAUAUUACAGUCGAGUCAUGUCAGGUGUAUCCCCCAAGAGUACUUAUAAUUGAAUCAAUUACUUGAGAAAUGAAUCCUUUAGUCGUUGUUGCAACAAGUAAAUUCAAUUCAAUUCUGCACUUCUGGAUGCGUAAUGAACAGUGAAUUUCUUUCGACUGAACUUCUCUGUAUUCGGCCAGAUCGACAAAAAUCUUUGAAUGGAAAAAAAUUGAUUUGAAGAGAUUUUCACCUGAUGAAAUCCAAGAAUGCUUAGCUGGUAGAAAUUUCAUGGCUUCCUCCCGUGUGAAUUCACUGCUCAUUACGCAUGCAGGAAUGCAGAUAUGAAUCUGAAGUCAACUGCUACCAACGGAUUCAAGUUUCGAACCAUAAAUUCUUCAGCGGAAUCUUGAUGGGUACGCUUGACUGGGCUUGACUGUAAUGUGUGCAUUGUACAGGACAGUAACACAUGUGAAAGUAAAGUUGUUGGCUGUGCAGUCUACUGUAAGAGGAGAGAAUUGUGUUUCUUUCCAUCUUGUUUAACCAUUUGUGACCCUUUAGGACAAUCUGAUAGAAAGCUUUAUGAUGAAGUUAGCGAGGAUAAACACCGUCCGUUAUAUUCUAUAGAGUGUUUUCACAUGACGUCACGGCGGCCAUGUUGGUGUCCCAAACCAGUUCCGUGGGAGUUGAACUCUUCGUAUGCAAACGCUUUCGUUUGUUUCAAUAAAUUUGCAUAGAUGCUGGCCACGUGAGUGAAAACACUCUAUAUUAGGGAGCUUAAGCAACAGCGUUUUUGAGCGACGGACGUCAACCGUUUUUUUCUUUUCUUUCUUAGUUACGUAUCAUUCAACAGUUUUUGAUCUGAUAAUUUAUGACGUUUGUAACUUUCGAUGUGUAUUUUUAUCGAAUUCACCAUUUUCACAUAGACCAUAAUGCACCUUGUUUACCCCCAAAAUUUUGCAUAACCAGUGUCUUGGAUUUCUCUUAAGACGACUGUAAUACCCAGGAGAAACUGGAAACAAUGGUUAUGCAAAGUUUUGGGGAUAAGCAUAAUGCAUUAUGGUCUAUGUGAAAGUAGUGAAUGAAAGGUUGUUAUUAUUAUUAUUAUUAUUAUCAUUAUUUGUUAUUAUUAUUAUUAUUAUUAUCAUUAUUUAUUAUUAUUAUUAUUACUGUUAUUAUUAUCACCAUUAUUAUUAUUAUUAUGAGAAUUGUCUGUUGUUUUCUUUUUGUCGCAAUAGUCUUACUCUGAAACCGCGUCAAAGCGUAAAACCAUGGGCAUUUCCACGGUCCUCUCGCUGGAAUCAGGUGAGAAAACCUCUGAUAGCCUGUAGUAUAUAUUUAGCCGGAUGUUUGAAAACGUUACCGCCAAAUGGGCCUUUACCGCCCAACAUUUUCAACAACAUUUUCAUUAUAAAAACAAAGAGUGCGACCAUUGCUUGUUUCUCUUCUCCUCCUUUCUCCCCUUUCUCCUUUGUGGCCAUCUGAGCCGUGCCAUACUGUAUCUUCUUACAAGACUUAGUCAUAACCUGUUUCCUUUAGCUAAUGUCAGACCCAAAGGCCUUCCUGUCAACAAAUAGGCAAACUACAAUCGGCGAAAAAAUUGAUAGAGACACUUUGCCUUAAAGGGCCUUUCUGACGUUUCACCGACAUCAAGGGGGAAAACAAAGAUUUCCCUUCCCCAUCCCCAUUUGUGUAAUGUUGUGUUGCUGUUAGAGCUACCUGUAGAAAAAAAAACAGAAAAAACAACUUUGAAUGGAGGGGAGGAGGAGGGGUGUGGAUUGUUUUCUUCUCUGAAGUAACCCUAUUUGAGUGUCUCAGCAGUUUUGCCGUCGAUUGUAGCCUCAGUCAAAACCUUCUGAAAUUACAUGUACGGUGUAGGUUUCACAUAAAGCCUGGAGAAUUCUCAUGAUACUGUCUCUUUAAUAUUACAGAUUGAUCCUGCUUAUAAAAUGAAUCCAAUCCAACAACGAGCAGGUACCGUCGAUUGUGCCCUUUACACCUUGCAUUGUGGUAUUGCGAUCUCUGAUAGGCCACUAGAAGACGACGAUGAAUCCAGAAUUAAACGAGAAGAAAAGCGAGAGCAGAUGCAGUGGCUUAGAAGCUUGGAAGGAAGGUAAAUUUCUAUUUCUGCCAAGAUUCGUUGGCUAGAUACUAGAUACUUUAUUUAUUUAGCACAGAAUUCAUAAAGCUGACACUUAUUUACAACGAAACAGUGCGUGAAAAGUAA